AUGCUGCCCCACUUCGAUGAGCUGCUCCUCCAUCCAGACUGGGAAGUUUUUAAGAGUCACCGUCAAGCUGAAGGUUUCUGAAGUUCUCUUUUAAUGAUUUUGAGAAACUUUUCAAAGUUCUUGUAGUUGUUUUCACCGAGGUCCAAACACUCCAGCUUUUCUGGGGGUUUGUAGACGCCCAAGAGAAAAUUGAUUUUAAAUCUGUCUGUUGAAUCUUUUAAGUCUGUUUCCAAUGUAGUGACCCAUCUUUCUGCUUCUCCAAAAUCUAUCUUGGGUUGUUACAGUCUACAUCCAAGAAGACCCUGGCAGACCCCAUCACCUGCUGGACUCUGAGCUCCUGCAUACUGGGUUACAGGUGAGCAUGGAGUACAGAUUCCACCAACUACAAAAAAAAAACCUGGUACAGCAGUUUUAUCUGAUGCAUCCAGAUUUCCUAACCCCUGCCAAUUUUAAUCUCUCCCAAACACCAGUGCUUUGCCCACUUUGAGGGACGGAUCUUCUUCAUUCUGGACCCCUUUAACUGAAGUCUGCACCAGCACAGAAACCUGCCUCUGGACACCAUCCCCGAGAAACCGGUACAUAAAACAGAGAUAAUGAUUCACUUAUUAGUUAAAAACUGUGCCGGUCUAAAGAAUAAAUUUGUCCUUUUUGUUUUAAGACUACACCGAGACGUCGAUGACCCCCUCUUGCUCCAGGACCCGGCUGAAGAAUGAAGACAAAGACUUGGUCCCCUGAUUGGAGGUAAGUCAAUCUUUGCGAGUGGUCUUGCUUGUUUCAGUCAAAGUUUUAUGGUGAUAAAUUGAUGUUAACAGUCCACUAACUGGAUCUGAUCCCUGUCUGCCUUCUGUAGUCACCACCCUGCAGGCGGACUUCCUGUCUCACUGUGAGCCCGUAGACCUUCAACCUCGUCCAGAAAACCCUUACUCAGGACAUGGUGAGUGCGCCUUUCUCUUUCAGGCUCUACUUUGAGGAGCACACAUGAGCAGCUUUCUUAAAUCCUUCUAACAGAUGAGUCCGUUAAGAUGAUGAUAGUUGGAUGUUUUUACUCGAUGGGCACAGAUAAACCUCCACAACCCAUGAAGAGUGCAAGCUUUGCUAUGUCACUGUCACUUUAUAGAUCUCCUCCACCUUUAUAUCGCUGACAUUAUCAGUAUUAUUGACAUUAUAGGAUUUUCACUGAGACCUUUUCUGACUGAUAGAAAACUAAAUGAAAACGAGGCAGAAUAUUCACUCAUGACAGUUUUCUUCAUUUACAGGAGGAUACUCGAGUCUCGACUGAGGACCAAGUGAUGAAGAUGGAUGACCUGUCUGUGACACAAGGGUCAUAG